AUGUCGAUAUUGGCUUUAUUUUUAUUAUUACUACAUUCAAGUCUGGCUGAAAGAGACACAACACCGGUUUUUAUAUUAGAUUACGAAAAAGUUUUGUCGCAUGUAUCCAUUGAACCUAAUCCAUUUGCAAAAUUAAAAUCUUUUGAAUUUACAAAAAUAAUUAACGAAGCAGUUAAAAGAAGUAAAGUCGUAAUAUUGUUUAUAGAAGAUACUUUUUGUCUCGAGGACAUAACUCGGAAGGACAAGCAUGGGUCUCCAUUUUAUCAUUUGAGCCAAGGUUUAAAUGAACAUAAAGUGAAAUUUCUUCCAGCGGUUGCCCAACCAUUUAAAACUUUAAAAAAUCAUUUUCGUCAAGAAGAAUUCAACGUAUUUCGAUUAAGCGAUUCUAGUACUAAAUUAAAGAUUUACGAUGGUAAAUUUAGACAUUUUUAUAUUUAUUUCAAAGACAAGGCUAACGAAACACGAACAUCGGCGUUAAGGAGACAUGAUUUGUUAAUACGUGAAGUAUAUUAUGUUGUCCAUCAGAUUGCUUUGAAACCCGUUAUCGCUUUCUACACCGGAAAGGUCAAUCCGAUUCUAGUGACAAAAAUGAAUUUCGUGCCUGUAAAACCUGAAAAGUAUAUUCGCCAACCAGGAGUUACUAUAUCGAGUUCUGGAGCUCUUUUCCAUUUUAUUGGUGUGUACACAACAAUGGGCACUCGUCGGUCUACGUUCAGUCAGGUCCCGAUGAUAGCUGAGGAAACGUGGGAAGAGCACAGCCUGACAACGCGGAUGGCGUACACGGACUUUGAGCUCGAAUUCUCGUUUAAGUUUAAAAAGGAUCGGUGGACCAUUGAAAAUGUCGCAUUGCUGGAAUGGGGGGAAGAAGUGGGGCGAACGGAUAUGAGAGUGGGUGCCCCAUGGGACUGGUCAUACGUCUGCAGCGACCCGCUUGUGCUGGUUAAUAUGAGAGACGGUAGUGCUGUGACCAUCUCGCAUUAUCAAAUACAACCGUUCAACGAAGAUCACCUGAUCGCUCGUAACCGUACCAACGACACGAGAUGCUUCGGACCCGCCGUCAACUGCGGACCGUACUUCAACGCGCACAUACUCGCCGGACUCAUGGUCACAUUUUUUUGUUUCGGCAUUUUGACGUAUGGCGUCGUCAACAUGUACAACUGUCAUUCAAAUGACAGAUACGAUGAUCAGAACCAGAAACCGCUUGUUAUAGCGUUUGAAGCUGGCCAUUGA